CCGUCGCAUCACCACAAAUCAAGAAUCCAACCACUGUCAAAACAACUGUAGUCUUCAGAUCAGCGAGCGAGCGAAAAUGGAGGGCAGGGUGUUCGGGCUCGAGACCCCGCUGAUGACGGCGCUGCAGCACCUGCUGGACAUCCCGGACGGCGAGGCCGGCAACGCCGGCGGCGAGAAGCAGGGCCCGACGCGCGCCUACGUCCGCGACGCGCGCGCCAUGGCGGCGACCCCCGCCGACGUGAAGGAGCUGCCGGGCGCGUACGCGUUCGUGGUGGACAUGCCCGGGCUCGGGUCGGGCGACAUCAACGUGCAGGUGGAGGACGAGCGGGUGCUGGUGAUCAGCGGCGAGCGCCGGAGGGAGGAGAAGGAGGACGCCAAGUACCUGCGCAUGGAGCGCCGGAUGGGGAAGCUGAUGCGCAAGUUCGUGCUGCCGGAGAACGCCGACAUGGAGAAGAUCUCCGCCGUGUGCCGCGACGGCGUGCUCACCGUGUCCGUGGAGAAGCUGCCGCCGCCCGAGCCUAAGAAGCCCAAGACCAUCGAGAGCGAUUUUUCUAACGGAACCGGUAACUACCGGUGAAGCAUCCGCGGUUCGCUCGUCCAUCGCGAUUCGGGGUUGGGAGCGUCGUAUUUUUUCUUUCUCGUUUGGUAUCUUUUGAUGAUUGUAGAGAACAGUUCUGGUAUAUGUAUAGAAUACGUGGUUGGCCCACUUAAAUAUCAAUGCACAGACCAUCUCCUGAAUGGCUGAAUCUUUCUCUCGUU